AAUGGGUCAACAUUUGGCUGAAGUGACAGGCAGCAGGUGUCAGCUAAAAGGAGUCAGUCAUGUUGGAGCUGCCCACACUGAGACAACUGGGAGAGGAAAGCAAAACUCAAAUGACCACCGCAAGGGGCAAGUUUCUACUCACAUCAAAAAGGAGCACCUGUCAACACAAAGCAACAGCAGUAAUGAUUUGGAAAACGUGUUUGAUGAGGCAGGCCGUUUGAUUACGCAGGAGGAGGGGGGUGCGGAGAGAGCUGUUAAGACAGACUUGGAACCAUGCUUGAAGAAAGUAAAUCUUUCUUUGAGACAAUCACAAAAUCAAGAUAAGGAAAGCUACAAUUCAGGAUUUAUUGCACAAAAAACACAAGUUGAUCAGGCGAAUCAGAACAGGUUUGCUGGUGCUGUCUCUAAGAGAGCUAAAGCAGGUACUCUCAGUUCAUGCACCAAGAAAGAGGACAGCCAAGCAUUAGAUAGAGCAGCAGACUCUCACCCCCAAAAGGCCAAGUCGCCUCGCUCUGAAACACCACAACUGCAAGACAAUUUCUCAUUUUCAUUGGAACAAUGCGAUUUGAUCCCUUCUCCUCCUCCGCCGGGGAAUGAAGGCUUAGAUGGAAAGCUACAGGUAGCAAGCUUAAAGAAUGAGAGUGAGUUUGUUUGCUUCUCUGCCAUCAUCACACCUCCACCUUUAACUCAUCUGUUGCCUGAGAAAGGCACGACAAUGGCAAGACAACUCGAUACAAGUAUGGCUAAUUCACAGAUGGCGCCAGACGGCAUGUCCACCUCAUGCGAUUCUAAAGAUGAGUCUGUGCCAAACGAAAAGCCCAAAGUUAAAGGUCCACCUCCACCUGUCCCCAAAAAACCUAAAAACCCAUUUAUAAAGCUUAAAACUGCGCAAUUAAUGUCUACCGAUGUGCAAAGAAGAAACAAAGAUCAUCUGCGUUCUGAGGAGAAGGUCAAGAGGAGACACACUUUUCAUUUUAACAAAGAUCUUCCACGCAACGCUCCGACUAAUCAGGACAUGUGCUUGCUGUGGGAUGAAAAAGGCACUUACACCGUGCCAGCCAACAUACGACGGCUGUCAGUUGACCUCGGCCCUUGGCAACACCUUUCACUCGGAGACAUGGAUGAACGGUACGGAGAUAUGAUCGACUAUGACUACUGUGUGCGCAUAGCAAAACUGUCUCCAGAUGAUGAAGAGCCAAACAACCUGGACAUGUUGCAGAGACGGGUAUUCCUAGAGAGACAGUCCAGAUAUAAAAGCUCACCUCCUCCUCCUGCGAAAAAGCCCCAUGAUCCUUUUCCAUCCACAGAGACUCUACACAUACCAGAGGUCAUGUCGGACCUAGAAAUCCAAAGACAAGAACCUGCAUGUUUUGGGAAAAGAGAAAUCUACCCUGAGCUCCUAUCUGAGAGAGUCAGCACACAGGUCGGCAAUGACUAUGCUACCUACGGUUACCGUAAAGAUGUGACUGAUUACAGUAGUGACAGGGACGCAGGAAAUGGCAGUGAGGUGGGUUCCUACAGACCUGUGGCAGAAAUUAUCAAGGAAACAAAUCAAAUGCAGAGACACCAGGGUCGGGUAAAACCUGAGGGGGCCAAAGCUCAGGUUCGAGUGGCAGAGCAGAGUCCAAGUGUGAAAGUCUCCCAAAUGAAGAACGCCUUCGACGUCCCAAAGAAAUCCAAAGAGAGACCACCAGAAGUCCAACCAUCUCCAAAGAAAGAUAUGUUGCGGCGAGUUGUGCGACAGAGCAAGUUCCGUCACGUCUUUGGUCAGGCCGUGAGGAACGACCAGUGCUACGAUGACAUCCGUGUCUCCAGGGUCACGUGGGACAGCUCCUUCUGUGCCGUCAACCCCAAGUUUGUUGCCAUCAUCAUAGAGGCCAGUGGGGGAGGAGCUUUUCUUGUCCUUCCUCUACAAAAGACUGGCCGCAUAGACAAGGUGUACCCGACAGUAUGCGGUCACACGGGCCCAGUGUUGGACAUCGACUGGUGUCCUCAUAAUGACCAUGUCAUUGCGAGCGGCUCGGAGGACUGCACGGUCAUGGUCUGGCAGAUCCCUGAGAACGGGCUGGAGACUCCCCUCUCAGACCCUGUGGUCGUGUUAGAGGGCCACUCUAAGAGGGUUGGCAUCGUGUCUUGGCAUCCCACCGCUCGCAACGUUCUCCUCAGCGCAGGGUGCGACAACCAGAUCAUCAUCUGGAAUGUGGGCACAGGAGAGGCCAUGAUCAACCUGGAGGACAUGCACCCUGAUGUUAUCUUUAGUGUCAGCUGGAGCCGCAAUGGCAGCCUACUCUGCACCGCCUGCAAGGACAAGAAGGUCCGCGUCAUCGACCCCCGUAAGAAAAAGAUCGUUGCGGAGAAGGACAAGGCCCAUGAGGGAGCUCGACCAAUGAGAGCGAUCUUUUUAGCAGAUGGAAACAUUUUCACCACUGGAUUCAGCCGCAUGAGCGAGCGCCAGCUAGCCCUGUGGAAAAGUGACAACAUGGAUGAGCCAAUAUGUGUUCAAGAGAUGGACACCAGUAAUGGAGUUCUGCUGCCCUUCUAUGACCCUGACACCAAUGUAGUCUACCUGUGUGGAAAGGGUGACAGCAGCAUUCGGUACUUUGAGAUCACAGAUGAGGCACCGUUUGUUCACUACCUCAGCACCUUUUCCACCAAGGAGCCCCAGAGGGGAAUGGGAUACAUGCCCAAAAGAGGCCUGGACGUCAACAAAUGUGAAAUCGCGAGGUUUUACAAAUUGCAUGAGAGAAAAUGUGAACCAAUCAUCAUGACAGUCCCACGUAAGUCGGAUCUGUUCCAGGACGACCUGUAUCCGGACACAGCCGGCCCCGAUCCCGCCCUGGAGGCAGAGGAGUGGUUUGCCGGCAAGAACGGAGGCCCCAUCCUUAUUUCCCUCAAAGACGGCUACGUCUCCACAAAGAACCGCGAUCUCAAAGUGGUCAAGACGAACGUCCUGGAGACCAAGCCGGCCACAAAAGCAGAGAACAUCUCGACUGUCCAGAAGCUUGCCUCUCAGCAUGCCUCACAGCCCUCAGUAAAAAUGGAAGACAAACUGGAAGAGGUACUCCGAGAGUUCAAGUCACUCAGGGACCGCGUCAUCCUUCAAGACCGUCGAAUCGCCAGACUGGAAGAGCAGGUUGCCAAGGUUGCCAUGUAAUACGCGGCCCCUUCCCAGGACCGUUCGUUGCUUUGGAGAGAAUCGAAUGGACGGGGGGGGGGGGGGGGGUCAGCCACGCCCAGAUUCUCAAGAUUCGGAUCCCUUCAGCUUGGCAUCGUCCCUGCGACGAGUCCAGGCCCACAUUCCAAGAUGAACUUUAUUUUUCCUCAUCAAGCCUCUGGUUUCACACUUCGCCCUGACACACACAGAGAAAAGGAAAAACUCUUGCAGCUCAUGUACACAUUUGAAGAAAAGACAUUUUUGUUGAAGGAACAGUCUUAACUUUUUGUUUUCUGAUUGUGGUAAAACAUUCUUAUGUGAAGUUUGUACUUACUACUCAAAAACUGUAUGUAGCAUCCAGUAUUUCCAUUGUUCUUUUUUUUUUGUUUGUUUUGCCAAAUAUGAAUUGUGUGCGGUUUCAUGCACUGCUUUUACACUUAUUUUCUCUCCUGUUGUACAUUCCAGUCACAACCUGGUAGAAUAAGUUAGUCAAGCUGGAUUUUUUUUUUAAACAAUAGCUGUUAAACUUUUUUUUUUUCUCCCACCAUUUUGCUCAUUGAUAAACAUCAGAUUUAUGAAUGUGGAAGAAUUCCUUCUAAAACAUUUUGUUCUUGUUCUUCUGGGAUUGAAAUUUAACAUUGGGUUUUAAUGGGAGGGGGGGAGGGGGGUGGGGGUGCAUUUCUCUGGUGUAAAUGUUGUGCAAAUGUAGUGGUGCCUCUUGUCACUGUUAAGGGUCAAACUAAAGUCGCCCUCUCCAAUGCAUAUUUGGUGUUGGGAAGGGACCACUCACCCAGCUUGUGUUUCACUGAACCCCUGACAAACAGUUCUGUGCACAUAAUAAAGAUUUUACACAUGAAAA